AAUGUUCAGGCAUGACUCAGUGUCUUCCUUGUGACUUUAAAGUGGCUGUGAGACAGUAGCAUGUGACCACUCCCCUGUGGCUGUACACGUGUAAUUCCUCCAAUCACGGUGAAUUCAUGUGUGACAGCGUGAGGGGGUGUGUGGUCGUACUUCUGAGGGUCAGUGUGUGAUUGGGUGAACGGCCCUGAGGAUCGCGCGCCUCGGACACCAGCAGCCAGAUCGUAAAUGGCGAGGACUGCAGCCCGCACUCACAGCCCUGGCAGGCGGCACUGUUCAUGGAAAACGAACUUUUCUGCGCGGGCGUCCUGGUGCAUCCUCAGUGGGUGCUGUCAGCCGCACACUGUUUCCAGGACUCCUACACCAUCGGGCUGGGCCUGCACAACCUCGAGGCCAGCCAGGAGCCAGGCAGCCGGAUGCUGGAGGCCACCCUCUCCAUACGACACCCAGAGUACAACAAACCCCUUCUCGCCAACGACCUCAUGCUCAUCCGGUUGAACGAAUUAGUGACCCCGUCUGACACCAUCCGGGACAUCAGCGUCUCCUCGCUGUGCCCGACCGCUGGGGAUUCGUGCCUGGUUUCUGGCUGGGGUCUGCUGGUGAACGGUCGACUGCCCACAGUGCUCCAGUGCGUGAAUGUGUCGGUGGUGUCCGAGGACCAGUGCAGAGAGCUCUAUGACCCAGUGUACCACCCCAGCAUGCUCUGCGCCGGCGGGGGGCAGGACCAAAGGGAUGCCUGCAACGGUGACUCUGGGGGGCCCCUGAUCUGCAACGGUUCCCUGCAUGGCCUUGUGUCUUUUGGACAAGCCCAGUGUGGCCAAGUCGGAGUGCCAGGCGUGUACACCAACCUCUGCAAAUUCACUGACUGGAUAGAGACAACCAUCCAGGCUGGUUAGCUAAGGGCCUGGGGCCUGUGAAGUUGAACCCCACAUAUAUCCUGCAGAAGAAAUUCAGGACUCUGGGUCCCAGGCCUUCUCCCUCACACCCAGAAUGCAGACCAGAAGCCCUCCUCCUUCAGACCCAAGGGUAGGUAGGCCCCAGCCCCUCCUCCCUCCAUCCCAGGAGUCCAGUCCCUCCUGGAAUAUUUUCCUGCAUACAGUGCCCCCUGGUGGCACAAUGUUCGCUCAACUUCGCCAGUGUUAGAGAAAGUUGGUUUUUCAUCUUUUUUUUGUACCCUUCUCCUAAAUCCAGAAAUAAAAUCUAAG